AUGACUGGUCAUAAAUCAUUGUAUACAUUGAACGAUAAUGAAAUUAUCAAAAUUGCUGAUCAAGUUUAUUUCAAUGAUUCAAAAGAAAGUAUUCAAAAUAUUUCGGAGCAACAAUUUCGAGAAAUUUUCGAAGGAAUACUAUGGAGACAUUUGGAAUUAGCACAACGAAAAAUUGCUUAUCCAAAUAUUUUUGCUACCACUAACAAUUAUGUUUAUCAAAAUAAUGCAAGCGUUAAUCCGAUCAAUGUUCCAGCUCCAAUUGAUUACAGUAAGCCAUAUAUGAUCAAGUGUGAUUCACAAGGCUCAUGCUAUGCUAGUCCAUUGGAUGAUGAUGAAGUGCCACCACUGCCAAGCUAUGAUAAAGCGCUCACUUGUUCAACUCAUCCAUCUUCAACAAUUCGAGAAUUGUCCGGAACAGUUUGCGUGUGA